AUGUCGCUCCCGAUUCUCACGUCCGCGCCAGGAAAAGUUAUCAUUUUCGGUGAACACUCAGCAGUGUUCAACGAACCUGCCAUUGCAGCGAGCGUCAACUCUUUGAGAACCUAUCUUCUGGUGACAGAAGCGGCAGAUAGUGACAUUGUGGAGCUGGAUUUCCCAGACAUCGGACUCGACCACAAAUGGCAUGCCGAAGAACUUUCUCAAAUAGCUGCGCCGUCUAGCAUCGCCGCCAGCGAACACUCCAAAAAUUUGAGCUCGGCAUUGAAUUCUGCGCUGGAGCCACUUUUAAAGCCCUUGCAUGGGUCGCUGCAAUACCAUGCUGCUUACUGUUUCCUGUAUUUGUAUUCUUGCUUGUGUGGCAGUCGAAGAGGUGUGAAAUUUAGCGUGAAAUCAAGCUCGCCGAUCGGCGCCGGUCUUGGAUCUAGUGCUUCUAUUUCUGUGUGUCUGGCACUUGCAGUUGGUAAGUUUGGUGGCCACUUGAAUUCCAAGUCGGAAAAAUUAACCAAACAGGAACUCGACUUCGUCAACGAAUGGUCCUUCAUCGGCGAGAAAUGCAUCCAUGGAACACCAUCUGGUAUAGAUAACGCCGUGGCCACGUAUGGUAACGCUGUUCUAUUCCAACGACAACCAGAUGCAGAGACCAAAAUGGAGCAUAUUUUGAACUUCCCUCAAAUUCCUAUGAUUUUGACCAAUACCAAGAUCCCACGAUCCACUAAAGUGCUAGUAGCCGGUGUCAAGGAUCUAAUAACCAGACAACCAGAAAUUCUUAGCCCCAUUUUGAAAGCUAUGGGUCAAUUGGCGGAACGCGGCGCCAAAAUUCUUGCGGAUUUGAACGACUCAAAUUUAACAGAAUUAUGCGAGCUCGUACGAAUUAAUCAUGGUCUUUUAACUUCUAUUGGCGUGUCACAUCCUGGACUUGAGGUCAUUAAGAACCUUGGCGACUCUAUGUCCAUCGGCUCGACGAAACUUACUGGCGCCGGUGGUGGCGGCUGCGCUUUUACCAUUUUGAAUCAGGACGCUUCGCCGCAGGAUGUUGAGAAAUUCAAAAGCACGCUUGAGAAUCAAUACAACUACAAAACAUACACUACCGGACUCGGUGGGCCUGGGUGUGUGUUCAUGGCACCCGAAGAGAUCAAACAAAAUAUAUCUGUUAUCGAAUCUCUUUUCAAGAAGGAGUCCAGCGUUUCCGAUUUGAACGCUACAUUGCUGCCCGGGAAAUCUGACCUGAAAUGGGUACAUUGA